AAAUUUAAAUCUACAUCAGUUCAAUCUAAAGUCUCAUUGAGAUCUCUUCGACUUCUUACAAUUAAAUCGUGAAAACACCGAUUUACCUUAAAUCGCUCACAAUGCGUACGUUCUUGGUAGUAUUUGCUCUUGUCGUUGUUGUGGGAGUUAGCAGUGCCUAUCCGUCCAAUCCUGUGGAAGUGGAAGUGGAAGACUUUGACGAUCAAGUUCCUGAUCUACAAACUUUCCAAGAUACUUUCUAUGAGGAACCUCAAAUUCAUUCACGCCAAAAACGAGCCACUUGUGAUCUUCUCAGUGCUUUUGGAGUCGGUCAUGCUGCUUGUGCUGCCCAUUGUAUCGGACAUGGAUACAGAGGAGGUUAUUGUAACUCAAAGGCUGUCUGCACAUGCAGGAGAUAAACAAUUCAGCAAAUAGGAAAAUCUUCAACGGCAUUUAACAAUUGGAAAUAGUUUUUUGAAUAAAAUAAUUACUUCUGAUUUCUAAA